AUGUGCCGAGGUCAAUCGUGCCAUUAUCCCGUCGAGAAGGGGGCGCAUGCGUCCAUGAGUGCUGUGCCAUGGGAGACGGCGGCGAAUGAAAACAAAAACAAGAAAAACGACAUGGUCGACGCUGCCCUGAGUGACGCUGACGAUGCGUACGUGCAGGUCCGUCUUGCCGUUCCACCGCAGCAUUUUGCACUCACGCUGUUACCGUGUACCGAUGCCGCACGCGUAGCCCUCGUCCUGCGCAAUCCUCGCCGCCGCAGGUACGUGCUGCGCGCCCGGCAGGCGCUGCCACUAGCAGGUACCGCCGCCAACGCUGGCGCUGGCAUUCGUCGUGCCCGCCGUGAAAUGAGCUGCCGCACCCACCGGCAGCCUUCACCAUUCCCCUUUUGCCGCUUCCUUUUUCUCCACUCGUCUUUCCCGUGGCUGGCCUCGCAUAUCCAGCAACCACCUCACUCACCCUCUGCCAACGGUCCGUCGUCCUCUCUCGUCAACCCGCCAGCCGCCGCUCGUGCAUCGAACGCGCACCCAGCAUUUGCCGUCUCGUCACCGACACCGCCCGCCGCAGUCCAAGGCAAACCCCCCGCUGCCUCGCGCCCCCGCCACCGCUCCGGCCAAAACAUGUCGGCCCCCGCCAAGAUGAUUCGCCGGAAGAAGAACGUGAAGAAGGGCAUCCAGUUCUGCCUCAUGGUCUGCGGCGCCUCUGGAACCGGCCGGACCACGUUCGUCAACACGCUCUGCGGCAAGGACGUCCUCCUCCACAAGGACGCCGACGACGCCGGCGAUGCUCACGUCGAGGAGGGUGUCAAGAUCAAGCCCAUCACCGUCGAGCUCGAGCUGGACGAGGAGGGUACACGCAUCUCGCUGACCAUUGUCGACACGCCCGGCUUCGGCGAUCAGAUCGACAACGAGGCCAGCUUCGCCGAGAUUGUCGGCUACCUCGAGCGGCAGUACGAUGACAUCCUGGCCGAGGAGUCUCGCAUCAAGCGCAACCCCCGCUUCCGGGACAACCGAGUCCACGCCAUGCUCUACUUCAUCACCCCGACCGGCCAUGGCCUGCGAGAGCUCGACAUCGAGCUCAUGAAGCGCCUCGCGCCCCGCGUCAACGUCAUCCCCGUCAUCGGACGUGCCGACUCCCUCACGCCGGCCGAGCUGGCCGAGUCCAAGAAGCUCGUCAUGGAGGACAUUGAGCACUACCGAAUCCCCGUCUACAACUUUCCCUACGACAUCGAGGAGGACGACGAGGACACGGUCGAGGAGAAUGCCGAGCUGCGGGGCCUCAUGCCCUUUGCCAUUGUCGGCUCCGAGGACGUUGUCGAGAUCGGCGGCCGCCGCGCCCGCGCCCGCCAGUAUCCCUGGGGCAUCGUCGAGGUCGACAACCCGCGUCACUCGGACUUUCUGGCCAUCCGAUCCGCCCUCCUCCACAGCCACCUGGCCGAUCUCAAGGAAAUCACGCACGACUUUCUCUACGAGAACUACCGCACCGAGAAGCUGUCCAAGAGCGUCGACGGCACCCCCGGAAAUGCCGACAGCUCCAUGAACCCCGAGGACCUCGCCUCCCAGUCGGUCCGCCUCAAGGAGGAGCAGCUCCGGAGAGAGGAGGAGAAGCUCCGCGAGAUCGAGCUCAAGGUGCAGCGCGAGAUCAACGAGAAGCGACAGGAGCUGCUGGCCCGCGAGUCGCAGCUGCGCGAGAUAGAAGCCCGCAUGCAGCGCGAAGCCUCGCAGGCGGCCCCUUCGUCCGACGCCAACGGCGACCUCACCGAGUGA